AUGGGAGUGGACAUCAACCACAAACACGACAGGAAAGUUAGGCGCACCGAAGUUAAGUCUAAGGAUGUGUACCUUAGGCUUUUGGUUAAACUGUACAGGUAUUUGGCUCGGCGUACAAAUGCUAAGUUCAACCAGAUAAUACUGCGCCGUUUGUUUAUGAGUCGCAUUAAUCGUCCACCGAUUUCUCUAUCACGCUUGGCCCGUCACAUGAAAAAGCCUACCCGCGAGGGUCUUAUUGCGGUGGUCGUUGGCACUAUCACCAACGACGUGCGCCUGUACAAGGUUCCCAAACUAACGGUGGCCGCACUCCAUGUCACUGAGAAGGCUCGUGCUCGUAUCUUGGCUGCUGGAGGAGAGAUUCUGACUUUUGAUCAGUUGGCUCUCCGUGCGCCCACUGGCCGCAAGACGGUGUUAAUGCAAGGUUGUAGGAACGCCCGUGAAGCCGUGCGCCACUUUGGGCCCGCGCCCGGUGCGCCCCGCUCGCACACAAAACCGUACGUGCGCACAAAGGGUCACGAGCGUGCCCGGCCGAGCCGUCGCUCCAACGUU